CCAUGUGUGUGUGUGUGUGUGUGUGGAGGGGGUGCUAUGUGUGUUACCUGUCCAAUGGGCAGUAACCCCGCCGAGAGCUAUUUAAACAAGAGAGCCGGUACCAGAGGAGCUCAGCCUCAGAAGAGGAUCCGUGACUCGCAAAGUUUCGUCAGAAUGGCGAUGGAUGCAAGGCUGCUUUGCAUGCUGGCGAUUACCUGUUUAGCGGGGUCGGUCUCGUCACAGAAUGUUGGUUCAGCUCCUCCGCCUCCCUCCAACAGUUGCAGAGGUGGAUUCACAGUCAGAAAAGCAGACACAAAAAGUGUGAGAAGCGGUGGAAAACUUGCUUUCCAGGAAAUUUUAACGAACAUGGGGGGAUGGUCACAACAGACCAGCGACUUUGAAGCGCCGUGCAGUGGAACUUACUUCUUCACCUUCCACGCCGUCUCUCCUGAGAACAAAGACUUCACGCUGGCUCUCAUGAAAGGAGCAGACUAUCAAGUGACUGCUUAUGGUAGUAAAGGGGCCUACGAGCAAGGAUCAAACUCGGCUGUGCUCUUCCUAAACAGAGGUGAAAAAGUCCACCUCGAGCUGCAGCAGGGAUCACUUUAUGAGCAUCCUUUCAACGAAGCCUAUACAACUUUCACUGGAUUUUUAUUAGAAGCAUAUUAGCUCCUUGUCAAACUGGUGAUUUAUUUUUCCUUUGAUUUUUAUCUUCAUAUUCAUUGGGUCAUGGUCAUCUCUUUCAAAAAUGCUCAGUCUUGCUGUUCAUCCUCCCUAGAUUCUGAACCUGUUGAUCUGUCAUUGCCCGAAUGAUCAAUGAAUAAUUCACUGCUAAUGCCUCAAAAGCCAUUCUAGAGUGAAAUCAGCAACAACUAGACACACGCGGCAAAAGAAAGACUAGAACCUCAUGUCAAAAAUAUAUGAGAUUAUGAACAAGAAAAACAAGUUGACAACAGCUGACGAGAUCAGUGACAGCAUGAACCUGUUGUAGAAGGCAAUCAUAUAAUAAAAGUAAAUAAAAGAUUGUUAUAUAAGGUAUGUAAAGUAAAUAAAAUUCUAUUCCGAAAAACAUAUAAAGUAAAUGUUAAAGGCAUGGGUAUACGAGCAACUAGAAUAAUUUCUUAUAGGUAUAAAAGGUAAAUAAAUGACAGAAACUUGUAGUACAAGAUAAAUAAAUGACAAAAACUUGUAGUACAAGACGUAUGAAGUAGACAAUUAAAUAAUAUUUUGUGAAAGGCUACGAGGUAUAAGAAUGAGUGACAAGUGAAUUUUGCUAUAGCCCAGAAGACGGAGGUAAAAUACCAAAUAUCGAUGAAAAUUUGUUUUCUAUUUUGUUGGUGAAUUAUUCUUAAUAAAUAAAACUGUACAAUUAUAUAUCAAAAGCCAUACAAAGAAAAGGAAUGCAAUCUGUUGUAAAAGGCACACUGUAGUAGGUACAGGAAUGGCAAGAAAAGAGGCAUGUAAGAUAAAUGAAUGACAAAAUUAUGUUUAUUGUAAUGACAUAAGAGGUAAAUGAGCGCCAAAAAUCUGUUCCAAAAGCCAACCAAAGGAUGAAAAUUAUUUUUAUUUAAGUUGUACAAGGUUUAAAUGAUUAACUAGAAUUGGUUCUACUGUGUAUAUUAGGAGCAAAAAAUAAUAACUUGUUGUAAAAUGUAUAUGAAGCAAAUGAAUGUGAAAACUUGUAAAAGUAAACGGGGUAAAUGAGUGAUUUAUUGCAAAAGCUGGGCGAAGUCAAUUAAGAAAACGCUUAUGAGGUCAGUGAAUAAAAAGGUCAUAUUGUAAAAGGCGAACGAUGUAGAUGAGUGACAGAAAUGUGUUUCAAAGGCAGACAGUGUAAAUAAUCAGAAUCUGUUGCAAAAGUCGUCAUACGACAUCAGUGAACAACAAAAAGAGUUGAAAAGGCACCUGAGGGACAGGAACGGCAAUGAUCUUUUGUAAAGUGAAAGUUGUUUGAAGUGCAUCAAUAACAAACACUUGUUAUAAAAGCCACGUGAUGUAAAUAAAUAAAAAGAACAUAUUGCGAGAAGCACAUGAAAAGCAAAACCAUGAUGGAACGGGCAUAAGAAAUAAAUGACAAACAACCUAUAGCUA